GGAUUUAAUUGUUAAUUUUUGUUAAAGCACAAACCACAAACCCCGUCUUCUCCUCCCUCGUUUCCCACACUCCCACUCAACCAUGGAAGCAACGCGAUUCUCCACUAAUCACUUCCAUCCACACUGCUUCCAAACGAGACCCAACGCAUUCAGAGGAAGAAGAUACGCAAAAUGCACCAACGGAAAUGGAGCUAGGGUUUCGCUUUUCGCAAUCCCCGCAUUCAAGGCACCCAAGCCGAACCGGACUCUCUCGGUUAACUUCUCCGACCGCCUCCGAAGCGACUAUGUACGCGUCGAGGCUCCGAAGAACGAGGAUGUUCUUCCGGCGAGUCGCGGCGGCGGAGGGGAAGCGGUGGCCGCGUCCUCGCCCGGCGCUGACGGCUCUGGAACACUGGAAUUGAAACCUAGAAUGUUCAGAAACAGGUUUCUGAACUUUGUGCGUUUGGGGUCGGUGAUUAAUGGUGCCGCUGAGUCGUUUUUCAAGAGCGAGAUUCGGAGGAGGCUGUUCGUGACGGGUGUGCUGAUUGUGAUUAGUCGCGUUGGUUAUUUUAUUCCUCUUCCUGGGUUUGACAGAAGGUUGAUACCGCAAGACUACUUGAGCUUUGUUUCAGGGUCUUCUGUUGAUGAACUUGGUGACUUCACCGCUGAGCUCAAGCUAUCUCUUUUCCAGCUGGGAAUCAGUCCUCAGAUAAUAGCGUCCAUUAUUAUGCAGGUACUCUGUCAUGUUGUCCCUUCACUAGUAAAGCUACGGAAAGAAGGUCUGGAUGGGUACGAGAAGAUUAAGAGUUAUAUAUGGUGGAUGUCAUUUGGCUUUGCAAUUGUGGAAGCUUUAAUAGUUUCUUGUUACUCACUUCCAUAUUCAAUUUAUGCUGCCAGUUAUAGGGUCAAGCAUGUAAUGAUGACAACUGUUUUGUUGGUUUGUGGUGCAAUGACUAUUACAUGGAUAUGUGAUACAAUAUCAGAAUCUGGAUUUGGUCAAGGUUCAUCUCUUAUCAUAUGCGUAGGAAUACUUACGGGAUAUAUGGAGACACUAUACAAAAUGCUUACUCAGCUUUCAGUGAGUGCUGUGAGUUGGUGGCCGUAUGUGCUUGCAGUAUUGGGUAUCUUCACCACCGUCACUAUGUGGGCAGUUGUAGUAACUGAAGGUUGUAGGAAAGUAAAGCUUCAAUACUAUGGUUUUAAACUUGCUUCUGCUGCAAGGGAGCAAUCACCUGUUACUGAAGUGGAGCCCUAUAUUCCUUUCAAUAUUAAUCCAGCGGGGAUGCAACCUGUUCUUACCACCUCUUACCUCUUGGCAUUUCCAAGCAUUCUUGCAAGUCUGCUGAGGUCACCUUUUUGGGAGCAUGUCAAGGAAAUGUUGAACCCUGAAACUUCUGUUGGUGCUGAGCCAUGGGUUUACUAUUCCAUAUAUGCCUUUUUUGUCUUCCUGUUCAAUAUAUUUGAUAUUGCUAACAUGCCAAAGGAAAUUGCUGAUUAUUUAAAUAAGAUGGGGGCAAGAAUACCAAACAUAAAGCCUGGGAAAGCUACCAUUGAGUACCUAUCUAAGGUUCAGGCAUCCACACGAUUUUGGGGGGGCCUAUUGUUAAGUGUUUUGGCAACUACAUCAAGUGUUCUUGACCACUAUUUACGGCGUAUAAAUGCUGGAUUUGCUAUUGGUUUUACAUCUGUUCUAAUUAUUGUCGGUUCCAUUAUUGAACUUAGAAGAUCGUAUCAAGCAUAUAAUGUAAUGCCAAGCUUAAGCAAUGCUUUGAGACGAUAUGGGGUAUAACUUCUGGAAAAGCUAUGCUGUCACUCCCCUGUGCCAUUUAAUUUGAGCCUCUAGGAUGUAGCUUUGGUCAGCAUUUGCAUUUGAUUUCCAGGAAGCUUGGUUUUUCGGGGACAUUACAGACUUACAGUCUAGUUUGCGCGUAUAAGAAUAUCGAUGUUAGCUAGUGUUGCUAGUAAGGAGGUGCUAAAUGCGGCCUGUGGAUACACGAUAGUAGCUGAUUCAGAAGCCUCGUCUUCUCUCCCGAAGAAAUUUGUUUUAUGGAUUUAGGAACUAUUUAGUUAGGUUAUAGUUGUAGCUCCAUCUGAAAUUUGUACAGGAAAUUAUCGUGUUGUAGACGUCAUAUGUAAUAUAAAAAUGAGGUGUUCGGAUAUAGGAGUUGUGAUAAAGAAACAUUGAGGUUGGAAAUGGUCGAGGAUGGUGUUGCUGCCAUUUUUUGUGAAAAUGCGGAUUUGGGCCCCUUUACGUGACAAUUAUGCCCAGUGAAAUUUUAGUUCUUAAAUUAAAACUAGAGAAUUUAAAAUUAUA